ACUUGUUUUGAAUUGUUUUAGAAUGCUAUUUUUGAAUAUAUCUUACAAUUGUUUAAGCAGCGACUUUAUAGAACAUUUUCAUUAGCUUCAUAUAACAGACGAAAGAUUUCCUAAUUAUUUUUAUCAUUCGAUGUUUUGUUGAUGAAAAACAAGUAUUAAUACAUCCAGAUGUGUUUUUAUAGUUACACACCACAGAGUCGAAUAGCGAUUACAAUCUAGCAUGGAUUCAUUAUUAUUUAUUGUAUAAACAUGUCAUUCAAUACUUUUUGGAAGAUAUUUUUGCGUAAUCGAUACAGAAUUUUAUGUAGUGUAUUGUUUCUUGUUACUUUUGGUUGCGUUUUAUUAAAUUCGUACAGUUCGAAUUUACGGGUAAGAUUGAAAAACUUUUUUGCGGGUGAUAUUGUGGAUUUUACCUAUGCUGAUAAUAUAACUGGAUUCGGUUACCCAAUAGUGCCUAAUGUAGUGCAUUAUGUUCAUUUUGAUGAACCUGAUUUAAACUUUAUUCAGGUUAUUAGCAUUAGAGCUGUGUACCUAAAUAGCCCACCAGAAAGAAUAUUAAUCCACUGCAAUUGCUAUAGUUUAAGAGGGAAAUAUUGGAAUAUGGUAAAGAAUAUUUCCAUUCUAGAAAUCUCAUAUAUGAGGAAACCAACUCAUAUUUUCGAAAAAUUAUUAAGUUCUGUUUAUCAUUCAUCAGAUAUAGCUAGGCUUGAAAUAUUAAUGAAAUAUGGUGGCAUAUUUCUCGAUACUGAUACUUAUGUUAUAAAGUCUUUGGAAUAUUUUAGAAGAUUCGAAAUGACUCUCGGUUGGCCACCAUCUCAAAAUCUUGGAACUCAAUUAUUAAUUGCUCAUAAAAACGCUAGAUUUCUAAAACUGUGGUACAAUUCAUAUCGUUACUAUAGAAGAGAGCGUUGGUACUACAAUGCAGGAGAACUUCCAACGCAGUUCAUUUUAGAACCUAUGCCAUAUUUAGUCCAUAGAGUCCCAUAUGAUUUUGGAGUUCAUAAUUUAGUGCAUCUACUCUAUGGAACUCAUAGUUCUGAAUGGAAAAACUAUCAUGCCAUUCAUUUAUUAGUGAGACAUAAAAAUUACCUGUUACCUGGUGAUACUGUUGAAGAAUUUAAUGAAGAAAACAUUAAAACAUAUAACAAAACAUUUGGUGAUAUGGCAAGACUAGUUUUAUAUGGUUCAACAGAUAUUAUUGAAUGAUAUACUAUAUACUUUGUUUUUGAUGAUUUUUUAAAUUAUAUAUUAUUAGAACAAAGGGACAUUGUGAUAUUUAUAACAUGAAGCAUUCCCUGUGAUAUAUGGAGUUACUCUAUUUUUAAAAAAUUACAUAAUGUAAACAUUACAUAAAAAUUACGUUUAAAAGUUAUGUAAUUUUUACAUAACUUUUAUAUGCAUAAAAUAUUUUUAUAUAUAUAGUUAAUGCAAAAAGAGCUGAAAUAAUUAGGGGUCAUAACAUUAUAUUAACAAGACAUACCAAGGCAGAAAAAACUAUUAUUAAAUAAUGUUUGGAUUAAUAAAUUAUAUCUUUUAAAAUUUGAGAUUUAUUUUUAAUUGUGCAAAUUUUUUAAUUAAUCUGAAGGCCUUUUGUAUAAAAAUUUUAGCAAUUUUAAGAUAUGAAAUGAAAAAAUUAAAUUUCAUAUAUCAUAUAAUUAAUUUCUUAAUCAAAAAAUUACUUUAUGACUAUGAGUUAAUUUCAUGAAUUAUGAAAUACUUAAAUUUUAUAUAUCAUAUGAUUCUCUGUAUAAGCUGAAAUUUUCUUAACUUUUCUAAAGCUAAACUAUGGGGGAGGGCAGCUUAUCUCCAGAUAUAUUAAUUUUAUAAAAAAAAAAUAUAGGUAAUUUUUUAUUAAAUCGGGUGCAAAUGAUGAAUCAUUAAAUAUAAAUAAUUUUUUUUCUACAGUUCUAUUUCUUAUGUUUAAAAAAUUAUUUUAAAAUGAGGCGAGUUAUUUUUUUUGUAUGAAUGCAUUGUUUUAUUUUGGAAAUUGUUUAAUAUUGCUAGAUUGUUUUGUCAGACGAAGGAUAUACAGAGAAAUGCUAAAUAGCAUGCUGUUAGAAUUUCUGUGAAUGUGAUUGGCUAUAGCUUGAAAUUUAUUAUAUAUAAUAUAUAUAAGACUUUCUCUUCCUAUUCAUCUUUCAAACAAAAAAUAAAAUGGUAUAAAAAAUAAGACUAGCAUUGGUACAACAGACAGCAAAUGAAUGGAAAAAAAUAUGCUAACCUCAAAUAGAAUUACCAGUGUUAAAACUAUUAUCGUUAGUAUUUACCAUUUCACGUUAUAGUGCCUUCUUUAGAAA